GGAGAGAGAGAGAGAGAGAGAAGAGAGAGAUGAGAUGAAAUCACACUGGAUGGAUUCCUAACAGAGACCUCUCCAUGUACAAACAAACUGGUACCCAUACGCACAUAACGUACACAUACCUUGUCUCCAAAUCUCCCUCAGAUUUCAACUCCAACAUCUUCUCCCACUUCAGGUACAUUCAAAAGUAAAGUACAAUCUCCUGUCAUUCCCAACGUCUUAUCCCCCAACUCUCUUUUUACUCUAUCUUCUUCGAUCUACUACUCAAAAUGACCGAUCUUUUUCGUUUCCCAGUCUUUGUUCAAAAUUUUGAAAUGGGUAUGCUUUCUCUCUUUGAUUUUGCUUCCUCUAAAAUUAGGGUACUCAGUACUGUGUCUUACUAGUACGGUAGAUAAAUCUGGAUAUAGAGAUGUGGCCUCAUUUGUGUGCUCUGAUUUUUCCAUUCUGGAUCUCCUAAAAUGUUGGGUUUCAUCUGAUGUUCUUUUGACCAAGAGUUGGGUUUUGAGGUAUCCCAAGUCCCAACAAUAUACUACAAGUGGAGUUUUCAUUUUUCUGGCACACCGUGAAGAAUCUUGAUGGGUUCCAGAUUCCCAUCUCAUCAGCUCAGCAAUGGCCUAUAUGUAUCGGGAAGGCCAGAGCAGCCAAAAGAAAGGACUCCAACUAUGAGCUCAACUGCCAUGCCCUACACUGGCGGUGAUAUCAAAAAGUCGGGAGAACUUGGGAAGAUGUUUGAUAUCCCAAUGGAAAGCUCUAAGUCGAGGAAAUCUGGACCUAUUAGUGGUCCUCCUUCAAGAACUGGAUCUUUCGCGGGCGCUGCUUCACAUUCUGGACCGAUCUCUAAUGCUGCAGCUAGGGCUAGCUAUUCCUCGUCAGGUCCUGUAACAUCUGCUGGCGCUACUGGUUCAGCUUCUGUGAAGAAGUCGAAUUCUGGACCAUUGAACAAACAUGGGGAACCCAUCAAGAAGUCAUCAGGCCCUCAAUCUGGUGGAGUAACACCAGUUACUCGACAAAACUCAGGUCCUCUUACUCCAGUUCUCCCUGCAACAGGUCUCAUAACUUCUGGUCCCAUCUCUUCGGGCCCACUAAAUUCAUCUGGGGCCCCAAGGAAGGUUUCUGGUCCUUUGGACUCAAUGGGAUCAGUUAAAGUACAGGGUUCCUCCGUCACUCACAACCAAGCUGUGACAACUCUCAGCCAAGAUGAUGACUAUUCUUUUAAAAGGAAUGUCCCAAAGCCAAUCCUCUGGGCAAUGAUUCUGCUAUUUGUGAUGGGGUUCAUUGCUGGUGGAUUCAUUCUUGGUGCAGUCCACAACCCUAUUCUCCUCAUCGUUGUUGUCGUUUUAUUCGCCAUAGUUGCUGCACUAUUCACAUGGAAUGCAUUUGGGGGAAGGAAUGCUAUUGUAGGUUUCAUUGGCCGUUACCCAGAUGCUGAGCUCAGAACAGCCAAAAAUGGGCAAUAUGUGAAAGUCUCUGGGGUAGUCACAUGUGGGAAUGUGCCCCUUGAGUCAUCCUUUGAGAGAGUUCCUAGAUGUGUCUAUACAUCUACAAGUUUAUAUGAGUACAGAGGAUGGGAUUCAAAAGCUGCCCAUGCUACUCAUCGCCGAUUUACAUGGGGGCUUAGAUCAUCAGAAAGGCAUGUGGUUGACUUCUACAUCUCUGAUUUCCAGUCUGGGUUGAGAGCAUUGGUUAAAACUGGUUAUGGAGCAAGGGUGACUCCUUAUGUGGAGGAAUCUAUUGUUGUGGAUGUGGAUGUUAACCUUUCGAAUAAAGAUUUAUCUCCAGAAUUCAUGAGGUGGUUGGGAGAGAGGAACCUUUCUAGUGAUGAUCGAGUGAUGCGAUUGAAAGAAGGGUACAUAAAAGAAGGGAGCACGGUUAGCGUGAUGGGAGUUGUUCAGAGGAAUGACAAUGUGCUUAUGAUAGUCCCGCCACCAGAGCCGUUCACCACAGGAUGCCAAUGGGCUAAAUGUAUACUCCCUGCCAGCCUUGAGGGUGUUGUUUUGAGAUGCGAGGAUGCUUCAAAAAUUGAUGUUAUACCAGUCUAGUAAUGUGUACUACUAAGCUAUCUCAUGUAUUGCUCCUUGAAAAAAUAGUUUGUUGAUAGUGGCAGUGGUGGUUGUAAUGGUGGGUAGUGAUUCGGGUGACUUAAUCGUAUUUCAUGUGCAUUUAUGUUUGUAGAUAUUAGGGUUCGUUUUUGUUGGUUUCCAUAGAGUUGAAAGUUUCGGGAGGUUAUAAUUUUUUUUCUAGUUCUAACGGAUUAAACAUUCUAAUGUACUGGGUAUACUGUGGUAAAAUAGAACUUGUGGAUUAUAUAUGAUUUGUAUCUCUAUGGCUCGGCAUAGAUUUGAUCCUA